CCGAAAUAGCUACACACCUACACACACAAAAACACACAGAAAUCUUGCACUAUCUUAAGGUUUUCUCUUCAUUUCCAAAAGAAAAACUUCUGAAAAUCAAUCUUGAUUUUUUCAGAGACAAAAAUAUACAAUCCUUUCCUGUUUUCUUUUAAAAAUCCGGCUAUUCUUCCUACCUUAUUGGGUUUCAUCGCUGCUUCUUUACUUCAAACUUUCAGAGACUUAUUUUCUUACUUAUUUGUUUCUGCUGCUAUCAAGGUACAAAAUGAACACUGUCCAGAACCCGCCGUUAAAUGUUGUAGAGCAGGCUCCACUGCAGCUUCAAAUGCGGUGGCAUGACUUGAGUAAAGAUGGUCAAGACUGGGUAGUAGAAUAUUUAGGUGCUCUCACGGAUAUUAUGAAAGUCAAGCCCCGGAAUGAUCUGAUCAAGGCUUUAGUGCCCUUCUGGGAUCCCGUUCACAAUGUCUUCCGCUUCUCGGACUUUGAGAUCACUCCCACCCUGGACGAAAUAGCCGGAUAUACUGGUUUCGGCCGGGACUUGAGAAAACAACAAUUUAUAUUCCCAAGGCCUCCCUCUGUGCGCCGGUUCUUUGAUAUUUUGAACAUCAGUAAACAAAUAAGGAAGAACAAUGUAAAUGAUGGAUGUUGUUCUUUCUACUUCCUGUACUCCAGGUAUGGACAUCUAAAUGGGCUUGAAAUGCAUGAAAAAGGGUUGAAAAACAAGCAAAGCAAAGAUACUUGGAAAAUUCAUCGUCGCUUUGCUUUCAUAGUGGCAUUCCUGGGCAUCAUGGUCUUCCCAAAUGAAAAAGGGACGAUUGAUAUCCGUAUGGCUAGAAUUGCACAAGUCCUAAUUGCCAAAGAAUAUCACACACUUGCUCCACUUAUAUUGUCGGAUAUCUAUCGGGCAUUAACAUGGUGUAAGGCUGGGGAGACAUUCUUUGAAGGUUGCAAUAUCCUUCUACAAAUGUGGUUAAUUGAACAUCUUUGCCAUCAUCCGAAAUUUAUAAGCUACGGCCCAAGUAAGAGCAACUUUAUUGAGAGUUAUGAGGAAAGGGUUAAAAGAUUACAACUCUCCAGAAGGGGUUAAAGCUUGGAUUGCCCACUUGAGAACUUUAAAGGCGAAUUAGAUUGAGUGGACUUUAGGAUGGCUCCCAGUAAGGGAAGUCAUAUACAUGACAGCCACAAAAAACUAUUUGCUAUUGAUGGGCUUGAGAAGUGUCCAACCAUAUGUACCCCAAAGGGUUCUGAGGCAAUUGGGAAAGUAUCAAGUAGUGCCUAAGGAUGAAGACUUGAGUGUCCAAGUUAUUGAGCUAUAUCCUGAAGCCCCACUUCCUGAAGCUUUAAUUCAACAAAUCUGAAAUGGGUGCCGAUACUUAAAAGAGGACACCCAAGUACCUAAUCUUGCCAAAGGCAAUGUAGAUCCGGGCUAUGCCGGAUGGUUUGAAAAAAGGAAUUGCAUUGAUGAAGAACCGGAGCCCGAGCCAGAAAGGCCCGCCAAGAGGCCUCAUGUUCAAAUUUUUUGUGACAAAAUCCAAGAACGAUUGGCCUGGGGAGGAAAAGAUAAGAAAUAUCAAGCCACUAUCCAUUCCUUGGAGGAAAAAUUGAGAAACCUCGCAUUUGACAAUGAUUUGUAGGCGCAGGUAGCUGAAGGUGAAAAGAGAAAGUUAAACCAAGAGAACGAGGCGCUCCCAGCCCAACUCCGGAAUAUAAGAAUGAAGGUCCAUGACUAUGCAGCUGACUUGAUAAAAACCGAAAAGGAUUUGCUAGAUGCUCAGACAAAACUAGCUAAGGGAGCAGAAGAACAGGCCUACCAUUUGAGACAAAAAUAUGGCAAAGAAAUAACAAUUCUAAAGGAAAUUGGAGGCCCGGGCACAGCAAAUUGGGCGUCUGCUUCAAGAGAAAGUAGUUAUCAGAACCAGGAUUAAGGAGAUAGCUCACUAUGUCGUGAUGAAAUGUCACGAGUGUGAAGACAUGACUAGGUCCAUAUUUUUUGCUUCUAUGAUGACCUUCGUCCACCAGGUAAUGGAUGACUUAGACCGUUUUUAAGAAGAUAUUGCGCGAAGGCCCGCGCAAAGACCACCUAAUUCCCCACAAGCUCCAAGAAGACCAGUCGAGGCUCUUGUGUACUUUUGACUUUCCAAUUUUCGAGUCUGUACUUUACUACUUUCUAGAGUUUUGUUCAAAAUUAUUUUGUCAUUUAUUUUGAGUCUGUAUUAUUUUCCUUUAUAGUCUUCAGUACUUUAAUUCCCUGUAAUGAAAAACCAAAAAACGAAGAAG